AUGGGGAAGGAAAGCAUCAGCAAAGGCUUGAAUGGCUGGGGUUCUUAUUCAGGCUAUGGAUAUCCUCCGGCGACCGGAAAUUGUUAUAACCAUAACGGUCAUGGAUACUACCCUCCAGCACCAUCAUACCCUCCUGCCGCAUACCCCCCCUCGCAUUAUCCUCCUCCUUCCUAUCCACCAUCACACCAAGGACAUGGAUCUCGUGUGGGGGCAGCGUUAGCCACCGCCGCCGCUGCUUAUGGAGUUCACCGCAUAGCUCAUGGUUCUCACCAUGGUGGCCAUGGCUAUGGAGCAUACGCGGGGCAUAUGCCCGGUGGCCACUACGGCAAGUUUAAGCAUGGCAAGUUCGGAAAGCACAAGCACGGCAUGUUUGGAGGCAAGUUUAAGAAAUGGAAGUGA